GGGCCGGGCCGGGCGCCCGCCGGACAAAGCCGCGGGACCGAGGCGCAGGCUGUGAGGUGCUGGUGUCUCGUCCCGCUCGGCGCCUGAGGCCCAGCGCGCCCUUCUGCCUCCCCGACGUCACCAAUGCGACCAUGGGAACUGGCAGUCAAUAGGCGGCCUCCCUCUGCCCCCUUCAACCCGCGGCGUUUCUCGGGGGGACCCUGCAGCAGCCCCGAGCACCUCAGGCGAAGCCCCCCUUCCAGGCGUCCGUGGGGACGACGCGACCGACCUCUGCAAACCCUGCUGGCCCAGGAUGAGAACUACCUGCGCCCUGCCUUCCCCCCGCAGCAGCAGCACCUCCCUGUAGAUGAGCCCCGAGCGUACGCUCUCGCCAGCACGCCACCACGAAUGCUUCACCCAGCCGCUCACCCGCCCCACCAGAGCCCAUUCAUGGUGGAUCUCCACGAGCAGGUGCACCAGGGCCCCGUCCCCCUCUCCUACACGGUGACCACGGUAACGACGCAGGGCUUUCCUAUCCACGCAGGCCAGCACAUCCCCGGGUGCAGCGCGCAGCAGCUCCCAGCAUGCUCCAUGAUGUUCAGCGGGCAGCACUACCCACUCUGCUGCCUCCCGCCCCCUCUCAUCCAGGCAUGUGCCAUGCAGCAGCUGCCCGUCUCCUACCAGACGUUCCCGCCCAUCCUCUCCAGCGACCAUUACAUCCUGCACCCGCCCCCGCCAGUGCCGCCGCACCAGCCCCCGCACAUGGCCCCCCUCGGCCAGUUCCUGCCGCUGCAGGCCCAGCACCCACGCAUGCCUCUGCAGAGGAUAGACAAUGAGGUGGAGUUGCGAGGGGAGCAGCAUGCCAUCGGGGGCUUCGCCUACCCGCCUUCUCCCCACGCCCCAGCGCUGUCCCCCUCUGUCCCGCUGCAUUACCUCCCCCACGACCCGCUGCACCAGGAGCUGCCGUUUGGCGUGCCAUACCCUCCCAUGAUGCCACGGCGACUGAAUACCCAGCGAUACCGACUGCAGCAGCCACUGCCGCCCCCCCCACCGCCGCCCCCCCCCUACUACCCGAGCUUCCUGCCGUACUUCCUCUCGAUGCUCCCCGUGUCGCCGACGGCCGUGGGGCCCACGCUCAGCCUCGACCUGGACGUGGACGAUGUGGAGAUGGAGAAUUACGAGGCGUUACUGAACCUGGCUGAGCGGCUGGGCGAGGCCAAGCCGCGGGGCCUCACCAAAGCAGACAUCGAACACCUCCCAUCGUACCGCUUCAACCCCGAGAGCCACCAGUCGGAGCAGAGCCUGUGCGUCGUGUGCUUCAGCGACUUCGAAGCCAGGCAGCUGCUGCGGGUCCUGCCCUGCAACCACGAGUUCCACGCCAAGUGUGUCGACAAAUGGUUAAAGGCGAACCGCACGUGCCCGAUCUGCCGGGCGGACGCGUCCGAGGUGCACCGGGAGGCCGAGUGA